GGCGCAGCCCGGGCAGAAUCGCUGUAGGUUUUUGAGCAGUGUCUGUUCUGCGUCCCUGCCGGGAGCCUGCAAACCAGAAUGGGCCGGAAGGUGACCGUAGCCACCUGUGCACUCAACCAGUGGGCCCUGGAUUUUGAGGGCAAUUUCCAGAGGAUUUUAAAGAGUAUUCAAAUUGCCAAAGCCAGAGGUGCCAGAUACAGGCUUGGACCAGAACUGGAAAUAUGUGGCUAUGGAUGCUGGGACCAUUAUCACGAGUCAGACACACUCCUGCAUUCGCUCCAAGUCCUGGCUGCCCUUCUGGAUUCUUCCAUCACUCAGGACAUCAUCUGUGAUGUGGGCAUGCCUGUGAUGCACCGGAAUGUUCGCUACAACUGCAGAGUCAUCUUUCUCAACCGGAAGAUCCUCCUCAUCAGGCCCAAGAUGGCCUUGGCCAAUGAAGGCAACUACCGGGAGCUACGCUGGUUCACCCCCUGGUCCAGGAGCCGGCAAACUGAGGAGUAUGUCCUCCCUCGGAUGUUACAGGACCUGACAAAGCAGAAAACCGUUCCCUUCGGAGACGUGGUACUUGCCACCAGGGACACUUGUAUUGGGAGUGAGGUCUGUGAAGAACUCUGGACACCGCGCAGCCCUCACAUCGACAUGGGCCUGGAUGGUGUGGAGAUCAUCACCAACGCCUCGGGCAGCCACCACGUGCUACGUAAAGCCCAUACCAGGGUGGAUCUGGUGGCCAUGGCGACCUCCAAGAAUGGUGGCAUCUACCUGCUAGCCAACCAGAAGGGCUGCGACGGUGACCGUCUCUACUACGAUGGCUGUGCCAUGAUUGCCAUGAACGGGAGUAUCUUUGCCCAGGGCACUCAAUUCUCAUUGGAUGAUGUGGAGGUCCUCACUGCCACCCUGGACCUGGAGGAUGUCCGGAGCUACAGGGCAGAGAUCUCAUCUCGAAACCUGGAGGCAAGCAGGGUGAGCCCGUAUCCCAGGGUGAAUGUGGAUUUUGCCCUCUCGGUCAGUGAGGACUUGUUGGAACCGGUGUCAGAACCUGUGGAGUGGACAUACCACAGUCCCGAGGAGGAGAUAAGCCUCGGGCCUGCCUGCUGGCUCUGGGACUUCCUCCGAAGGAGCAAACAGGCUGGGUUUUUCCUGCCCCUGAGUGGCGGUGUGGAUAGUGCAGCCAGCGCCUGCAUCGUCUACUCCAUGUGCUGCCUGGUCUGCGAGGCUGUGAAGAGUGGAAAUGCACACACCUGUGCUGACUCCUCUCACUCCUGCCCUUCCAGCCACCACAUCAAUCUGAACAUUGACACCGCCGUGAAGGCUGUCCUGGGCAUCUUCAGCCUGGUGACCGGGAAGUUCCCUCGGUUUUCAGUACACGGAGGGAGCAGCAGGGAGAACCUGGCCUUGCAGAAUGUGCAGGCUCGGAUAAGGAUGGUCCUCGCCUACCUGUUUGCUCAGCUGAGCCUCUGGUCCCGGGGUGUUCAAGGGGGCCUUCUUGUGCUUGGAUCUGCCAAUGUGGAUGAGAGUCUCCUCGGCUACCUGACCAAGUAUGACUGCUCCAGCGCGGACAUCAACCCGAUAGGCGGCAUCAGCAAGACAGACCUGAGAGCCUUCGUCCAGUUCUGCACUGAGCGCUUCCAGCUUCCCGCUCUGCAGACCAUCCUGUCAGCACCAGCCACUGCAGAGCUGGAGCCCUUAGCCAACGGGCAGGUGUCUCAGACAGAUGAGGAAGACAUGGGGAUGACAUACUCAGAACUCUCCGUCUUCGGCAGACUUCGGAAGGUCGCCAAGGCUGGGCCCUACAGUAUGUUCUGUAAACUGCUCAACAUGUGGAAAGAUAGCUGUACGCCAAGACAGGUGGCUGAGAAGGUGAAACGGUUUUUCUCGAAGUACUCCAUGAACAGGCACAAGAUGACAACCCUCACGCCAGCAUAUCAUGCUGAAAGCUACAGUCCUGAUGACAACAGGUUUGACCUGAGACCCUUUCUGUACAACACGGCUUGGCCCUGGCAGUUCCGCCACAUUGAUAACCAGGUUCUGCAGCUCGAGAGGAAAGAACAGCAGGGCCCGAAAGACUGCGUCUAGGAGCGGUUGGAAGAGCCAUCACCUUUAUGGAAGCGCCUCCUCCCUAGAGAUCCCUACUGUGAUUUCAAAUCCCCAGUGGUCAGGACCAGAGACCCUGCCACUGCCCUGCUGGAGCCAGGGUUUGUUUACUUUUCAGGAAGAGAGAGAUGUUCAUUCUAAUGCCAUAAAAAUAAACAAAAAUACUCUUUUUAAAA